AAAGAAAAAAAAUCAUAAUCAAUACAUGAAAAUAGGAAAUUAUUAAACUUAUGCCUAGUAAUACCCUGCACUAGUAUUAAAAAAAAAAGUGCCUGUAAAAGAUAAGACGAGGGGCAGCGAGGGGUGAUGGCACACCAAGAGAUAGGUGAAAUGAUCUGUUUGAUAGGAGUGUGUAAAAUAAUAGUGUGCCUAGAUGGAAGACUGCAGAUGAGACAGUGUGAUCUUGAGGCUAUUUAUAUUAGUGGUUGUCUUUUGGGGGAUCAAGACAUAAAGCUCCUGAUUGAUUAUAUAAAAAAAAGGAGAAAUAAACAUAUAUAGCAUACUUAGAUUGCAGACUAUUGGGAUAAUACAGAAUUGUGUGGAUUUAACUGACAAUAGAAUACACUGUGAGUUUCGUAGACAUAUUGUGCAAACAAAUUUUUAACAGGAGUGUGAAGUUAGCUUGUACAUCUGCCUAACGUAACUUGGAUAUGAAUGAUGGGUGCAGAGACAUUGGUAAGCAUAUAUAUCACAGUAAAUUAUCAUCAAACAGGGAGUUCCAUAGGCUACGUAUUGACACUUCUGACUGAUAAAAACUGUCAACAAUCCUCUAGUGAACAGUAUAUAUGGUAAACUUUGAACCUUUGACGUAGUAUGGGCCAUUUUAUACAUCUGAACGAAUACCACUUUUGCCAUGGGAUUUGAUGCUCCGAAGCAGUGAGUCGAUCCACCAGAGCGGGUGGCCGGAGUACCAUGACAUGACAUGAAAAAGACGUAAAAUCUUAAAUAACCUCCAUAUUUUACGAUAAGAAACCAUUGUUAGUUUUUUACAAUCACUAAAUCAUCUCACCUGGACGAAUACCGUUUUGCCAUGGGAUUUGAUGUUCUGAAACAGUGAGUCGAAACACCAAAGCUUAUAUAGAACAUCAGAGGGAGUGGCUGGAAUACGAACACGUGACAUGGAAAAAAAAGACGUAAAAUCUUCAAUAACCUCCAUAUUUUACGAUAAGAAACUAUUGCUAGUGUUCCAUAAUCACUAAAUAACUGAUUGCAAGAGAAAACAACGAGGGCGAAAAUGUGAGCCCUAUUUCGCUUCCUCGCGUCGGGCUGUUUACAUGAGUGAGUGUUUCUCGUGCUACAAGUAAUGUAAUACCUAUAUAGUGAUAUGGCGGCAACAGUGAUGAGUGAUAACAGCAGGAGUACCAGUAUUUAGUUAGGCCGUACCGUGUUCGUGGUGAGCAGCAGGAAGAGAGAAAUGUGAGGGAAGAUGCCAAGAUGGAGACGGCGAGCGGCGAGUGGGGAGCGGCCUGAUGGGAUGAGGGCGAUGGCGUCGAGGUUCACCUGGAUGCUUUCCCGGCUCGUGUGGUACCAGCAUCGGGCACCUCGGCGGGUGAACGCGUUGGCGCGCCCCAGUGCCGCACUCAGGACGUCUUGAGGGAAGAACACAGGAUGGCUCGGCCGCUGGCACAGGUCCUGUUGGAGAAGCCCGAGUUGGUGCGUGGUCUAAAGGAGGACCCGGCCACCUUCAGGUUUCCCGAGGGUGCGUUGCUGACGGUGGCGGCCGUCCACUGGCGGCCACACAUCGUCGUGACCACGGACGCUGACGGCCGCCGGAAGGUGACUGGCCCCAUGGGAAACGUGCUCACGGUCCUCGCUCAGACACUCAACUUCACGUACAACGUGGUAUCGCCGGCAGACGGUUCGUGGGGCUCCGAGGGGUCCAACGGCACCUGGUCGGGCAUGGUGGGUCAGGCGAGCCGCAAGGAGGUCGACAUCGCCCUUGGGCCUUUCGGAAUCACGUACAGUAGAACAAAAGUUGUAGACUUUACCGAAUCUUUGUUUUUCGACGCUCGAGGGAUCCUGUCAAGGAAGGGUAUCCCAGAAAUCGAUCCCUGGGGUUUCCUGUACCCGCUGACGUGGUCGGUGUGGGUGGCGUUGUCGUUGGCAUUGGUCGUGGUGUGGCUGGCCACGGCGAUGGUGGGCCGCCGACCUGGACAGGCUGUUUCUCUGGGCUGGGCAGGAAAGGUGAUUUUACAGAACGUGCGCGUCCUCUUGAAUCAAGGUAAUUGUCUCCAGUCCUAUAGCUUUGGUUUACCGUACUAUAGCUUUGCUUUCUUGUCUUUCCAAAGGUUUACGGAAGUCGUCCUCGGCCACGGCGGGGUGGUGGUGCUGGGCUCGUGGGUGGUGGUGGCGGCCGUGGUGUUCUGGAGCUACACAUGCACGCUCACCUCCCUGCUGGCCGUGCGGUUCAUCCCGCAGCCCAUCCAGACUCUCAGGGACCUGCUGGACGACACCUCAGUGAAUCUAAUUAUGCUUCCCAUGACUAUUAUCACGGACACUAUUUCGCAAAUGACAUUCGGUGAACUGAAAGAGCUGCAUGAACUGAAUUAUGUGGGUCGCAUCCGAUACGAGCGCACCUCAGCCUUCCGUGACAUGCUCGAGACUGUAGUACGCCAUGACGGCUACUCCUUAAUGGACACUACCCUCACCAUCGACCUUUUGAUAGCCGGUGACUUCCUCAAGACAAACAAAUGUGACUUUUACAAGUCGAGACAGACCUUCUUCACGACAACCCACUGCAUGAUCGCCCAGCGUGAAAGUCCGCUUGUGUCAGCCAUCAACCACAGGGUGCGCGCCGUGGUGGAGUCUGGUCUUUAUGAAUUCUGGCUGAUGAACGAAAUCCCGGCCAUCACCACCUGCCGCUUCUCCCCUUCCACCGUCCUGGUCAGGGAGCCACUCUCUGUCGCCAACCUCUGGGGCCUGUUCGUGGUGCUCGGGGCGGGCUUGAUUCUGGCAACGACUGUCUUCGUCCUGGAGUUAAUUGUUUCUCCAAGGACAAAAAACAGACCCUGAUAGUUUGCGUUUCCUCCCGUCGCUGAUCUCGCCCUCCCUGGCCAUCAGCACUGCCGCCAGUCGUUCCUGCAGUCACCACACCCACCAGAAGCCUGCCUCCCUAACGCCGCUGAAUGGUUCCUCUUGUUGCUUGUGACCCUUCACGCUUUGAGAGUGUUCCACAAUAAUCGUGUGUGUGUGUGUGUGUGUGUGUGUGUUUACCUAUUGAGGAAAUUAGCAAUGCUAAUGGGGUCCCGUCUCUGAGUCUCAGUCAAUCAAACUUAGCUUUAAAGUCAUUUAAGUUUUUGGCUCGAUCAACCUCUUUGUCCAGGCUGCUCCAGUGAUCAUUGCAUCUAUCGGGAAAGCUGUAUUUCUUGAUGGCUUUCUUAAUAUCUAUACGUGAGUGAUGUUGCCUUGUGUUGUUAGCCAUUUAGGUUGAUAUUUUCUCAUCAGCCAAAUGAUUAACAACAAGCAGAAGUCUGAUGUGGACUCAGGUUUUGUUCUAGAGGUCUCUUUGGCGUUCUGCGUUGCAUGCUGUUGCAAGUAAUUGGUUCUUAACUUUAAUGGUGAUUUAGAGGUCGACAUAAAACAUUCACUAUAAGUCCUCCAGGGGGAAGAAAAUCUCUUGGGUGCUGGUGUUACUGAUCGGUGUCCUGGGGGAAUUUCGGUGAGAUGAAAUUCUUGAUUGUUUACUGAUUAUGUAUGCGUUACAAAAUUAUCCGUGACAACUACGUAUAGGAGGCUCAUGUCGUAUGGCAAGGGAUGUUUAUAUCGUAAAAUUAUCGCAACCCAUUAUUAUUUUUGAACUUAUUUCUAUGAGAUGCAAAACCUCUCAUAAUAGAGGAGGUAAAAGCUGUCAACGAAUUGGGUUAUGUAGCGAAUGAAGCACACGGCCCUGUCAUGCUUCAGCCAGGACCUGCAGCAACAGUGAAAUAAUAGGAGAAGGGGGACCGUGAGACCUGCCCAGGAUAAGGGUCAAGGGCAGCGUUGCCAACUUAUCGUACACACCGUAUUGCAUAUUCGUAGUUUCUGACUGAUAUCUAUAGCAAAAACAAACAAACAAACACCUGUAAAUAACAGUUUUAACGCUAACUGUAAUAUUCUCUCGUUAUUUGUGUAGGGAAGAGAGUUUGAGGCUUAAAAAUUAUAAAUACAAUGUGGUGAAUACGAUAAUCUGGCAACGCUUGUCAAGGGCCUACGAAGAAGCAGACGUGUAUAAGAGGCUGCCAUUGGAAGCUUUGAACGAUCAACAUUUCGUCCUACUUGUUGAUAUGGAUGAUCUUAAAAUAUUACCCUAAAGAUUAAUAUAAAUAAAUUGAUAUCAGUAUUUUAAGUGGGGUGAAGAUUAUGUGUGAUAUGUGUAUAGGAGCAGAGAGCAGCGGGCUUUUUUUUUUUUUAUUAUUGUUUCCUUUUUUUAUGCCCUUGAGCUGUCUCCUUUGUUGUAAAAAAAAGGCGUGCACGGUCCUUUGGGAUGCACGAAGAUUCUUUUUAUCAUAUCGAUGUUAAUACAAGUGCUGUGUUAUGGUGUAUGUUUUGUGGCCAAGAAGUUGAUAACCGGCAAUAUCGAAUAAUCCUAUGAUGUCAACGUAAAAACUGAGGAUAAGACCAGUUUAAGGUAAAUGUGAAAAGACUUAAAGACAUGAAAAAAGAAUCAUGGAAUUACAAACAUUCAGAGCUUUGAGGGGCUGAAUGUUAACCUGUGAUGAUAUACUACUGCAAAGGUUAUGACACACACACACACACACACACACACACACACACACACACACAGGAAAAAAUGGAAGCAAGAAAGUAUAAGUAGGCGUUAAUGGGUCUAAACUAUAUUGACAAGCAGUGAGGACCAUGAGCCGUUACUGAUUUAGUGAAAAAAAAAAUACUGUUUGGAUUAUUUGGUCGUCUGGUAUUUCUUUGGAUUUCUUGACAGUUUCAUAAAAGGGUCUUUCAGGUGUUACACGA